AUGUCACUUGGACUAUAUAGACACAGCAACCCAGUACUCAAACAUUGUACUCACAACUGUUCGUUAGUGUACAUUCGUAGACAUGAAGGCUUACCUGGUUCUUCUGUUGGUAUCUCUUUGUGCAGUGAUGAGGGAGACAGCUUCUCAAGGCGCUGGAGUAGGAGCAGGCAGCGAAGGGAAGAUUGGCUUCGGGAUGCAAGGAGGGGCAGGAGCAGGGGGUGGGGCAGGAUCAGGAGUCGGGACUGGACGCUUGACCUCACUCCACAGGGUCCUCCGCCAGCUACCUCCCGUCCCAUCAGGAUUACCAGAAGGAAUGCCAGUGCCUCCAGUCGACUCCAUCUUUUCUACUUGGUCCUUGCUUACAACGAGAUCUGUAGACGGUGCCUGUUUGUUGAGCAUGCCUUCUACAUUAGACAUCCAUGACUGCAGGGGAACUGUGUCAAUGACGUAA